AUGGAUGAAGAAGAGUUGAAGUUUUACUUUGGAACUGAUUCUGAUGUUAAUUUACCUGACUAUGAGGUUGUCGAUUUACCAGAAAAUCUGUUAAGUGCAAGAGAAAGUGUUGUCGAUGAUGAAUCAAAUAAUGAACAUGACGAUCAGAAAUAUUUGAGUUUUAAAGUGUUUGGCAAUCAAAAAAUUGAUCUGCAUUUAUAUCCAAACAAGCAUUUGAUAUCUCCUUAUGCACAAACUGUGAUUAAAUCAAAAAAAGGUGUGACGAGGUCUUUGCACGAUGAAAGUUCGUCAAACAAUUUUUGUCAUUUUCUUCAUUCAAACAUAAAUUCAACAGCAGCAAUCAGCAACUGCAACACGAAAGAAAUUUACGGAUUAAUAUUCACGUCUCGUAACACUUUAGAGAUUCUUCCGUUAACAGUGCGACUCAGAUUCAUUUUGAAUCGAAAAGAAUCACCUGCGGAGUCACUGAAAGAUGGAAGGUUUUUCAACAAAGUCCCGCAUUUAAUUAAGCGCUCUCGCUUUGAUGGCGAUGACUUUUCUGAUGAUUUUCUCAUUUCAAAUUUUCGUGGAAAGAAAUUUCCAAACGUCGAAAGCUUCACGAAACCGAAACAACGUGGAAUUAAUUAUAAUCAACCAACAGUUGAACUUGGACUUUUUUUUGAUGAAGCUUUUUAUGAAUUUUUCGCACCUUUUUAUCAAUACGAUAAGAAAAAGUUGCAGAAUUUCAUUCUUGCAUACAUCAAUGGCGUUCAAGCCCUUUAUCAUCAUGAGUCACUGACACGAGAUGUUGAUUUCACAAUUGUUUAUCUUGAAUUAAUGGAAGAACAACCAAUCACCAUGCCACAUGCAAAUGGUGAACGAAAUGCUUUGAUUGAUAACUUUUGUCAAUAUCAAAAGUCUUUGAAUCCUGAAGACGACAGAGAUCCGAUGCAUUGGGACAUGGCAGUUUAUGUUUCUGCUUUAGACUUCUUUGCAUGGGAAAAUUCUGGAUUCAAAAGUGGUGGAACAAUGGGAUUGGCAACAGUUGGUGGAGUGUGCAAUGAUGAAUACAAUUGCAUUAUAGCGGAGUUUGGAAGCAUCAAUCGAUUUGGAAAGCCUUAUCCAUCAUCAGGUUUCACUUCUGUUUAUAUUCUUGCUCAUGAAAUUGGUCAUAAUUUAGGAAUGUCACAUGAUUCAACUGGAAAUUCCUGUAGCAAAGAUGGCUUUGUGAUGUCACCGUCAAGAGGUACACAAGGUGAAACAACCUGGAGUCCCUGCAGUGCCCUUAUCAUCAGAAGACUUGAUUGGGCGAAAUGUUUAUUUGAUAAACCAACAGAAUCUGUGACAGAUUUAGAUCCUUGGGUGUACAGCGGUUAUCCUGGCAUUUCAUACACAGCUAAAGAUCAAUGUGAAAUAUUGUUACGCGAUCGUGACGCUUAUGUUUUCGACAAAGGUCAACCAUUUUCAAUCUGUAAUAACAUUCAUUGUAGAACGCCACAUCGUCCAGGAUUCUUUUUUGCUGGACCUGCACUGCAAGGAACUGCAUGUGGCAAUAAUAUGUGGUGUGAUAGUGGAAUUUGUGUUGACAAAAAUGUCAUCAAGACGACAACAAGCAAACCUAAACCAACUUGGGGACCAUGGAAAUCAUCACUUUGUAAAUCCGAGUGCAUUAAAAAUGGUAAAGGAUAUCAAGCAAAUCGACGCUUUUGUAGUCAAUUUGGAGACAUGUGUGAUGGACUCUCAUUCAGCAUUGGCAUUUGUGAAGAUCGGAGAAUUUGUGAAACAAGAAAAACUGCAGUAGAGUAUGGAACGGAAAGGUGUCGAGAAUUUAGUAAAAAGCUUGACAUUAUUGACCCAGAUGGUUUAGGAUUGCAGGCAUCUCAUGAUUCUCGACAAGUUUGGAUGGGUUGCGCAAUUUUCUGUAAAAGGAAAAACACUUCUUCAUACUUCACACCACGAAUUCAGUUGAAUGAACUUGGAUUGAAUCCUUACUUCCCUGAUGGAACUUUAUGCCAUCGAGAAGGAAAUGAAAAUUUUUAUUGCAUUCAACAUCAUUGUUUACCGGAAAGCACAAAAUUCUCAAAAUCUUUGACAAUACAACUUUAAAGAUUUCACCUUUGUUUAAGG